UUCUGCUUUCUCAAAAGUGAAAAAGUUGAUUACGAAUUAUAAUGGAUUAAUUGUAUUACAGUAGCGUUUUGUAGUAACUCUGGUUGUUUUCAUCCUUUAGGUCUAUCCAUGUGUAUGAAUGCCUGAAAUUUUAAUUACUUAAACUGGCGCAGAAACGUUCUCGCACUAUCGUAUGUGGAAGAAAGGAUUCCAAGCGGAGUUUCAAUGGAAAUCGUCUGCGCCAUCAAUUCCCUUGUCCAGAACGGAUAGUAGUUUAUUGAGACAUAGCUUUCUACAGCGUUUCCAGAACCCUACGAUUUUUCUCAGGAUUUCUUGCGAUGGAGACUAUAUACUGCCAAUUGUUGUAGGAAAGAUUGCUAUUGAGAAACUUAUGGACGAGGAGUUUCAACGAGAAAGUGAGGAUUGUCCUGAUCAGUUCCAGUUUGUGAAAAAUCUAGUUGGAAGAUUAGACCAUGAAGUGAUAAUGGUGAGAAUUACAGAGAGAGUGGUCAGCACUUACUUUGCUAGAUUGUACAUUAACCAGCCAGGGAAAAGUGAUCUUAUCAGUGUGGAUGCACGUCCCUCAGAUGCUAUCAACGUUGCAAAUAGAUGCAAGGCUCCGAUAUAUGUAAGUAAAGAAAUUGUUUUCACAGAUGCUAUCCGAAUUGGUUAUGGAAUGGGCAGAGUACGUAAUAAAAAGGCUGUUUAUGAUGUAUUGCUUGACAGCCCUGUAGAUGGUCCAGAUUUGGUAGCUCAAGAACUAAGUAUGAUGCAUAAUAUGCAUAUAGCUAUCAAACAGGAAAGAUUUAAAGAUGCAGCUAUAUGGAGAGACAAACUUGCAAAUCUUCGUAAAUCAGCCCAUGAACACUAAUUAGCUUGUUAGGGUGAAUUCUGACGAAGAAUGUGGGGGAAAUGUAUGAGUAAUGUUAUUCCUGUUAAUUUCUAGACGGAGAUUUAUUGGGGUAUUGGUUACAGAAAUGAAGGAAACUAGCAAAAUCUUGUACAGCUGUGUAUUAUAGUUUUCGACCCCACUUUAUGUACAUAAAUUAUUGAAAUGCCAAUACCUUGUAGAAGAUUGUCAAGCAUCUGCCAAUACCCAGAAAUUACCAUGAUCAUCUUGUAUGUAUUCACUGUUCAAUCCCAGGACAUGGGUCAUGGCUAUUAUGAGAAUCGGCUCUGUUGCUUUA